GCCGCUCUUCCGUGUUUCCGCCCCACUUCCUUCUCCGAGUAUCGACGAACUUCUUAUUUUCAGCUUUUCAGCUUUUCUCAGCGGCUGUUUGUGGUUAAUCGCAGCUCGUCGGCGGGCAGAGAGCGUUUUGUGUCGCUGCUGUGAGUUUCGGAAGGUGUGAAAUGUCUAAGCCGCCGCCUAAACCAGCCAAACCAGGUCAGGUGAAAGUGUUCAGGGCUUUAUUCACGUUUGACCCACGGACGCCCGAUGAGCUUUACUUUGAGGAGGGAGACAUAUUAUACAUCUCAGACACAAGUGACAGUAACUGGUGGAAGGGAACCUGCAGAGGAAGAACUGGCCUCAUUCCUAGUAACUACGUGGCAGAGCAGGCUGAGUCCAUUGAUAACCCCAUGCACGAGGCAGCCAAGAGAGGUAAUCUAAGCUGGUUGAGAGAGUGUUUGGAUAACCGGGUUGGCAUUAACGGGUUGGAUAAAGCAGGAAAUACAGCGCUGUACUGGAGCUGCCAUGGAGGACACCGUGAUGUGGUGGAGCUGUUGCUCAGCCAGCCGAACUGUGAGCUCAAUCAGCAGAAUAAACUGGGAGACACAGCUCUUCAUGCAGCUGCCUGGAAGGGUUACGCAGACAUUGUGGAGAUGCUUCUCAAUCGCAACGCCAGGACUGAUGUUCUGAAUAAUGAGAAGAAGACGGCGCUGGAGAUGGCCACUAAUGCUCAGUGUGCAUCUUUGCUGAAGAGGAAGCAGAGCAGCGUGAUAAUGCGCACUCACAGUAAUGCUGAUGAGUAUCUGGAUGACGAAGAUUCAGACUGAGAUGAAGACGAGAUGUCUAGAACAUUCCAUCACCACACUCUCUCACGCUCACACAGUGUGUGAAUCAGCCUGUAUGUAGUAAUAGACAACUGAUAGAGGACGGGGGGACGGGA